CGGAACACAGCCUUAAUAGUAUAUUAUCUGUGCUGAUAUUUAGUUUCCAUUUCAGUUUUCAUUAUCAUUUCUCUCACUUACAUGUGUAAAGAACAAUGUUGUGGAACGAUGUUGUGUAUGUGUCGUUGCUUUUACUCUCUCUCGCAUUCGGACAUUUUUAUCGUACAAUAGAAGGAUCUCAUACGAAACAAUGGAUUGCGACCGUUUUCGGCUUUGCCUUAGUCAUCUGUGUUUCAGGAUCGUCAAUCUUACAUCCAAUCGUUAUUGUUCUUAUCAAUGCCACUAUCAUAACCAACUUGUCAUGGAAAAAAUGCCAUUUAGUCAGUUUAUAUUUCUCCUUUUUCUACUUACUGGUGAUCUUCCGAUUGAGUGAUUAUUUGGGAUUACCAAAUCCAUCAACUUACACGAAUCUUGUUGUAAUGAUUCUGACAAUAAAAUUACCUGGAUUAGCAUUCGAAAUCAAUUCGGCAGCUACAGCACCGAGCAAUGAUAUUCAAGGAGCAAAUUCAGAUGCAUUCAAAAAAAUUGAUUUUAUGGAUGUGAUACAUUAUAGUUUUAGUUAUAUGGGUGUUUUAACAGGUCCAUACUACCGUUACAGAACAUAUUGGGAUUCUCUACAUAGACCAUUCUCUAAUUAUCUUGAUCCAUGGCCACUUACUUGUUACAAACUAAAACAGAGUGUAGCAUUUAUCAUGCUGUUUUUAAUAAUGAAUCAUCUGUUUCCUAGCAAUUAUACGCAAACAGUAGAAUUUGAAGAACUCAGUUUCCUUUACAGAUUUUUUUAUAUGUAUCCCACUUUUGCCUGUUUUCGAUUGAGAAUGUAUAUUGGCAUGGUUCUAGCCGAAUGCGUUUGCCAAAUGUCAGGAUUAGGAGCUUAUCCUGUGUGCUGUCAACCUAUACCUGGUUUGGGACCUCGCGAUUACAAAACAGUUGAAAAUUUGUCAUUUGAUCAUGAAAGAGCGAAAAUGGAGGUGCAGAAUUUCGAAACGGUACAUAACAUGAAUAUAUGGGAAGUGGAAUUUUCUCCAUUUGUUAGACAUACAAUGAAAAUGUGGAAUACAUGCAUACAAUAUUGGAUGGCUGUGUGUAUUUACAAAAGAUUCCCUUAUAAAAAUUUAAGAACUGUCGUUACAUUGACUCUUUCUGCUCUGUGGCAUGGUUAUGCUGCAGGCUAUUAUUUUUGCAUCUGUCAAAUACCGCUCUAUCUAGCUUCUGAGGAUAUCUGCAUUAAAUUUUAUAAUCAAUGUGAAGAGAAUGGAUUUGGCAAGAAAGUUUGGGAAGUCUUCCUUUGGUGGGCAAAACUCACGUGCAUGGCAUAUCUGGGCGUGCCUUUCCUAUUGCUGCGCUUCCAAGAAAUAAUACACUUUUACAAAAACCUGUAUUUCUCCGGACAUAUCUUAGGACUUGGAUUUUAUCUAAUCGUACGAAUUUUGAAGCCAUAUCUUCUCAAACGACAACAAAUGGAGGAGCAAAAGAAAAAAUAAUUUUUUUAUUAUAAAAGAAAAAAUAAUUCUUUAUUUUAAAAGUACAAUAAUUUUAGAUAAGUUUCUAUACCAAUGCGAAAUAAAACAUAGAAUAUUUUAAGAUUUAA